UAGUUCUGGAGAAGGUGGGCCUGAGGGGUUGGAGCUGGUGACUUUGCGGCCCGGGGCUCCGGCGCUUGUUACUCCGUUCGGCUGUUUGCGGCUCCUGCGAGAAAACUGUGGCCAGGUCUGCGGGAACCGCACCUAUGGCUUCCGUGCUGUCCUACGAAAGCCUGGUCCACGCCGUGGCGGGAGCCGUGGGAAGCAUGACAGCAAUGACAGUAUUUUUUCCCUUGGAUACAGCUCGACUUCGACUUCAAGUUGAUGAGAAAAGAAAGUCCAAAACGACACACAUGGUGCUCCUGGAGAUCAUUAAAGAAGAAGGCCUCCUGGCACCAUAUCGAGGGUGGUUUCCAGUUAUCUCCAGUCUCUGCUGCUCCAAUUUUGUCUAUUUCUACACUUUUAAUAGCCUCAAAGCAGUCUGGGUCAGAGGUCAACAUUCUACUACUGGAAAAGAUCUGGUAGUUGGAUUUGUUGCAGGAGUAGUGAAUGUGCUGCUAACCACUCCACUCUGGGUGGUAAACACCAGACUGAAGCUGCAAGGGGCAAAAUUUAGGAAUGAAGACAUUGUACCCACCAACUACAGUGGUGUUAUUGAUGCUUUUCACCAGAUCAUUCGCGAUGAAGGAAUCCUGGCUUUAUGGAAUGGCACAUUUCCCUCCUUGCUGUUGGUCUUCAAUCCUGCCAUCCAGUUCAUGUUCUAUGAAGGUUUAAAACGGCAGCUUUUAAAGAAACGAAUGAAGCUUUCUUCUUUGGACGUGUUCAUCAUUGGUGCAAUAGCCAAAGCAAUUGCCACCACGGUCACCUAUCCUCUGCAGACAGUACAGUCAAUUCUGAGGUUUGGACAUCACAGACUGAACCCAGAAAACAGAACACUGGGGAGUCUUCGGAACAUUCUCUAUCUUCUUCACCAACGAGUAAGAAAAAUUUCCAGGAAUAUCCAGUUACCAGGUCAAAAGCUGCAGAUAUGGCGAAACCUUUAGGCCACCAGAGGGCAUUGCAGUCAGCCUCCUUUAUCAUCAUUAUAAAUCACUGCUGUCAGAGAUGCCUAGUGAAAUUUGCUCCCAGUUAAAACAAAAAAAGAAGCAUUCUUAGACUCGAUGAGCAAUCUGCAUAGAACCUGUGGCUUGAACUUGGUGGAGCACUGCCUUGAAGCACCCUUUUUAUCUAUAAAAAGGGAAGAAUGGAGUAGGUAGUAUUUCGCUGAAAUUAUAUUCUUUUACUUUUUCCUUUCCCCAAGCAUAUGCCUAAACUUUUAAUUUGUCAUCCACAAUUUAUCAUCUUCUCUUGGCCAGAUAUUAAAGCUGGCAGCUCUCAAUCUCUAUAGAAAUUGAAGGCAGAGAAACAAUGGACACAGCCUUUGUCCAGUAGCAUCCACCUCUUUACUGGUUUUUACUGACACUAAUAAAAACUUGCAAAAUUGACUGAUCCGCAGUUGAGUGACUCCCUCGUUUCUGUUCACCAUCUGAUAGAAGUGCCAAUAGGCAGAAAAAUGAUUAAAAGGCAGAGCAGGAAAGAAAAGAGGUAAAAGGCAUUUUGAUGACCCAUGAAUUUAAAAAUCAAUUUAAAUCUUUACUAGACAAGUAUUUGUUAAAAUGUAAACAGGUAGGGACUUCCCUGGCGGUCCAGUGGUUGAGACUUUGCCUUCCAAUGCAGGGGAUGCGGGUUCGAUCCCUGGUUGGGGAAAUAGGAUCCCAUGUGCCUUGGGGCCAAAAAAACCAAAACAUAAAAAAACAGAAGCAGUGUUGUAACAAAGUCAAUAAAGACUUUAGAAAUGGUCCACAGAAAAAAAAUCUUUAAAAAAAAAUGUAAACAGGUAAACCUUGCCACAUAAUUUGAAAUAAAUUUUCUAAGUAUUGAGGCUUCUAAGUUGCAGCCAACUAGACCUCUCAUUGAUCUGUGCCCCAGGAGCGUUUAAGAUACUAAUUUAUUUCACAGAUAUUUUUGAGUACAUUCAUACUGGGCACUUGAUAAGCACUGGCAUACAGAUAUGAAUAAUCUUUAUAUGUCGCUUUAUAGUUUAGAAAACAAUCUGGCAUCUACUGUCUUACUUGGUACUCGCUUCAUACCGCUGAGAUGAAUUGGGCAGAUGAUAGCUCUCCAUUUUACAGGUGGGGAGAUGGGUUCAAAUGGUGAAAUGACUUGUUCACGGUUACACAAAGAGUGACAGAGUAGGACUCAAACACAGGUCUUCUGACUCCAAGUCCCAUCCUUUCCCACAACACCAUGCUGUCUUCCUAGAAGAAGUGAGCCUAUUACUCUCAAAGGAGGACUUGAGGGAUAUACUAUUACAAAGGACCCAGGGUUUGAAGUAGAUACAUUAUAGCCACUUGGUGGUUUUGAUUGUUAGUUUAAUAAGCAACUUAGCAAGUAAGUUCAAAAGCUUACCAGUACUAUUUCUCUUUUUUUCCAAAAAUGGAAGGUAGAUUCACUAUGCAGGCAAUGAAAAAAAAAAAAAAACUGGAAUCUUUUUUCCUACUUGGUUGACAUAUUUACUAAGAAUUUAACUCUUUCAAGUCUGUGAGUCCCCGCAUCUUUCCUUCAGGUAUGAUUUAUGCAGUAAUGCCCAUGAGAAAAAGAAUAGGCGCAUCAUUUGAGUGUCAAGCUCAGGUAAGAAUGUCUCUAACACAGAGUUCACUGUGUGCUUUUAUUUCUUUGGUCGUUUUGGAACAUAAUACCCUGGCUAGAGCUCUUAUCAAGUAACCUCUGCAUUAAGUUGUAUUUCUCUGUUUACUUCCCUACCUCCCUGGAUAGAUUAAAGGCCCACACUCCUCAUCACCAUUACUGUGUCCAGGCAUUAUUAUGAGUACUCUAUAAAUAUUUGUCCAAUGAGUAUAUAUAUUGAGGGAGGUGGGGUAUAGUGUUGAAUUUAGGUUUGUCUAAGCCAGAGUACCUAGAGUUGUAAUCCCUGGGAUAAUAUGUAUUUUGACAAAAAGUAAGACGUGGCUUCCCCAAGAUUUAGCAUCUUGGUAAUUUCCCCACAUUAAGUACAACAUGAUACCUAUAUUCCUUAGUCUGAAGUGAAUAAAGUGUGCAAUGUGUCCAGGCAGAAGGGAGCUGAGAAGCAAAUGCACAAGCUUAGGACUAUGUAAGCAGAAAGAAUACUAUGUAAUUAAAACGAGAAUGCUGGCAUCAUCCUUCUCACAUGUUUUUCAUCUGUUGCUCCUGGUCCUAGAGUGCAGUUUUCAUUUUUGUGUCUCCGGUACCUAACAGGAGACUUAAUAAUGGUGCUUAAUAAGUAUUGUCGCCUUGUACCAAAGGUACUCUGCUAAUCAAGAAGUCAACAAAGAAUUUUUGAGCAUAUGCCACGUGCCAGCCACUUUGCUAAACAAUAGGGAUACACUGUGAGCAGAACAGACGAGGUCCCUGCUCUUGUGGGACUUGGGUUGGGAUGGAAGGAGAUAGUCAAGGAGCAUACAAACCAGUAAGGGGAUUUUAGGUGCAGAUAAGUGCUGUAAACAAUAUAACGUAGGGAGCAUAUCUAUCUAACAUACUCUAAAGAUAUUUUAGUUACCAGCAUCCGUGUGAGAGUAUUCAAACAAUGUGUGCAAGCGCUGAUAUGAGGAAGGCAGUAGAAUAUCAGAGCAGGAGAACACCAAGCCAUGCAGAGAUAGAAAAGGACUAGAAUGCAGUAUAAAGUCACCAACUAAGGGAAUUUAUAUGUUAUAUUAAAUGUAUAUAUAUAUAUAUAUAUAAAUAUGAUAAUUGAGACUUUUCCCUCAGCUUUGGGUCUUUGUAUUAGACUCUGUGACAGGUGAUAUGAGACCAGCCUUUCUUCCGCCCAAACUUCAUAAAUCCGAUUUCUAAAGCUGAUUCACCAUCCUCAUAAACAGUAUAUUCUUUAUCUGAGGUGCCGAUUGGGCUUUACGUGUGCUAUGCUAAGUUCCAAAAUACUGUUUCCACCCAGAAUGGCCUCCCUGAGCAUUCUAGGUCCAGCAGGUAGUGGCUGCAGAUUGCCAUGAUUCUACUUCCACUCAUGAGCUUGGUGCCCUUUCCCCCACCUACAUCAGUAGGGAUCAAAUUCCUCCAAAUCAGAACUUGGUUCAGAACUGGAUUUAGGCAUGACCGACUAAAAUCUGGAGUAAGUUAAGCAGUCACUUUUCUAUUAUUUCUUUUAUCUUUUUUCUUCUUCUUUUUUUGGCCACACCAUGCAGCAUGUGGGAUCUUCGUUCCCCGACCAGGGAUCGAACCUGUGCCCCCUGCAUUGGAAGCGUGGAGUCUUAACCACUGGACUGCCAGGGAAGUCCCUUUCUUUCUAUUUUUAUUUAUGGGCUCAUCCUUAGUGGUGAUGCUGAUUUUUUUGUAAACAGUUUUAUUGAGGUAUAAUUCACAUGCCAUAUAAUUCACCCAUUUCAAGUGUACAAUUCAAUAGUUUUUAGUAAGUUACAGAUGUGUGGAACCAUCACCACAGGCAAUUUUAGAACAUUUCCAUCACCUCAGAAAGAAAGCCCAUACCCUUUAGGCAUCACUCCCUCAUCUCCCAAUUCCCUCCCCCGCUAUUGGUAAGCAACCGCUAAUUUACAUUCUGUCUCUUUGGAGUCCUCUGUUCUAGACUUUUAUAUGAAUGGAAUCAUAUAAUAUGUGGACUUUUUUGACUGACUUCUUUCAAUUAGUACGUUUCUAAUGUUCAUAGAAGUUGUAGCGUGUAUUAGUACUUCAUUACUUU